AUGUACUUCUUCCUGCUCAGCCUCUCCAUUCUCGGCCUUGGCUCCAUCUCCACCAUUGUCCCCAAAUCUAUAGCCAACUGCCUGUGGGACACCAGGACCAUUUACUACUCAGGAUGUGUUGCUCAGGUCUUUUUCUUCCUUUUCUUAUGUUCUGCAGAGUAUUAUCUUCUCACAGUCAUGGCCUAUGACCGCUACGUUGCCAUCUGCAAACCCCUGCACUACAGCACACUCAUGGGCAGCAGAGCCUGUGUCAAAAUGGCAGCAGCUGCCUGGGCCAGUGGUUUUCUCUAUGCUCUCUUGCAUACUGCCAACACAUUUUCAAUACCCCUUUGCCAAGGCAACACAGUGGACCAGUUCUUCUGUGAGAUUCCCCACAUCCUCAAGCUCUCCUGCUCUGACUCCUACCUCAGGGAAGCUGGGCUCAUUGUAUUUAGUAGCUGUUUAUUUGUUGGGUGUUUCAUUUUCAUUGUGCUGUCCUACGUGCGGAUCUUCAAAGUUGUGCUGAGGAUCCCCUCUGUGCAGGGCCAGCACAAAGCCUUUUCCAUGUGCCUCCCGCACCUGGCUGUGGUCUCCCUAUUUGUCAGCACUGCAGUUUUUGCCCACCUGAAGCCCCCCUUCCUCUCCUCCCCAGGUCUGGAUCUGGUGGUGUCUGUUCUGUACUCAGUGGUGCCUCCAGCAGUGAACCCCCUCAUCUACAGCAUGAGGAACAAGGAGCUCAAGGAUGCACUGAUGAAACUGAUCGCAUGGGUACAAGGCCAGCACCAAUAA